GAAAAAUCAUAAUCAGAAACUGGAUGAGGCGUGGCCACACGUGGUGCGGACGCCAAAUUGCUGUGCAGCCCACAGACUCACGGUAAGUAAAAGGGAUGGUGGAAAGAGAGGGUGGCGACAGAGGGUCUUUUCCAAGACCGGUGCGUCUUUGCCAGUUCGCGGCGUGCGAAGAUCUCCAUGACCUAGAUUGACUGCACACAGGAUUGGUGAGAUCAAUCAGCCCAAACUUCGUCACUGCAUCCAGAGAAAAGCAUUAGCUUCUUCAGUGUCCACACAGCACAAAACCAGAUCUGCAUUUCCUACGCUUGUGGAUGAGAAGGAGAAAUGUUGUCUCAAGUCUGUUUGUGCUGCCUGUUCUUCAGCAGGGGCUUUUAUAGCUGCCGCUGGACGGAGUCAAGUAGUCAAAGGAGAAAGUGCAGAUGGUUGUCGCUCUUAGUUGUCACUUUGAUGUCUCUGCUUUCCCUGUGCUGGUUGUAUAUUUGUUUUGCCAUCUCUAAUGACCAACAGAAUGUUAAUGAGGUAAUAUUCAGGACACUGAAGACAUGGCUAAACUACUUCCUGGUAGUGGUGAUCAUUUCUGCAGUGCUGGCCAGCUACUGUAUCCUGCUGCUGCUCUUUGCCUUGAUCCAAGUUGCCUUAGCGGAGCAACUCCACUUACACUGGCUCCAUAAGAUCAUUUUCUGUUUUUGUGUAAUAUUCAUCACAGCUUUGGCUUCAGGAGUAAGCAUAAAGGGGAGGGAAGAAUGGCCAACAGUUCUUACUCUACUCCAGGCCACGGCUCCCUUCCUGCAGUUUGGUGCUGUUGGAGCGUUGACUCUGCUAAGCCCGUUUGUCUUUCAUCGCUUCCACUUGGCCAAAACACGAUCUAAGAUGGUCAUUGCAGGGAUGUUUCUAGUGGUCUCAGCAGCCAUCUUCCUGUGUCCCCUGCUCAUCCACUCUCCUUGUCUAAUAGAAGUGCAGGAACUACCUGAAAAACCUAAACUUAUCGGCCACAGAGGCGCGCCGAUGGUGAGCGUCUUGUUUUACUUGGCACCACCCUGCAAAUAAACAUAAUUAAACAGUGGUGACAUUACACCUUUGGAUAGAGCUGC